UCAAAGGUGACGGCUCCCGGUUGUUGUGACCGUUGCUCGGUCUCCGUGUUUUCGUGUUUUCGUGUGAACGGAGCGAAGCGGCGGGUUUGAACGUUUCCUACGUCAUCACCCGUGACGGUGACGUCAGAGUUCGCGCUGCAGCUUCAGGUGUGGAUCCGGUUCCAGGAUCAGGAUCCUGCUCUGAUGAGGCACUGAAGGGACCUCGCCAUGGAGCUGCAGGAGAGGGCGGAGCUCCAAUGGGAGGUGUGUCGUCUGCAGGAGAAGCUGGCGGAGAGUCAGGCGGAGAGGGAGGAGCUGGAGUCGAGGAGCAGAGCUCUGAACGACAGGCUGUGCCAGUCAGUGUCUCCCUCGCUCGGCCUCUCGAUGCAUAUGGAGGGUGAGCAGAGGGAGUGGAGGAGGCGGGUGAGGGAAGCGAGAGAGCGGGAGGCCAGACAGGCGCUGCUCAUCCACCGCCUGCAGAACAAGGUGGUGGAGUACAGAGACCGAUGUCAGCGUCUUGAUCUUCAGCUGCAGAAUCAACACACACAACUGAUCAACACUGAGCAGAGGAUCAGAGAUGAACACAGUGACUCUCUGGAGAGCGCCCUCAUCAGGCUCGAGGAGGAACAGCAGAGGUCACUCGGUCUGGUUGAGACCAACGCUCUCUUGCGGGAGCAGCUCGGCCAAUCAGAGCAGGCCAACCAGUCCCUGAGGCAGGACCUCAAGAAGCUGACAGAUGAUUGGUCGAGAGCUGUGGAAGAGGCGGAGCAGAGAGAGUCUGAUUGGCUGAGAGAGAAGAAGUGUGUGUCAGGUGGUGUGGGCCAUCAUCAGGCUCAGUUGUUGUCUGUGUGGAGGUCUGUGGUUUCUCUGAGACGAGUCUGUCACUCUGUCAAAACUGCAGCCGACAGGGACCUGUGGCAGCUGAGGGCGGAGUUUUCUCGUCUCUCGUCGUCUCUUCUGUCCAGCUGUGACUCUGUCUCCUCUGCCCUGAGACUCAAUGAUCCUCACAUCAAACCCCCCCCCUCCUCCUCCACUCUGCUCCCCCUUCAUCCAGACUCCUCGGCCUCUGAGCCCCCUCUCGUCUCCUCCUCGUCUCUGGGAACCUUCGUGUUGGCGGAGUUGGAGCAGAGGUGGGAGGAGCUGGAGCGCCCCCUGCAGGAGACUGAAGUGUCACAGCUGAAGGAGCGGAUUGUGGAGCUCUCUCACUCGCUGCAGGAGGAGCACGGGCUGAGGGAGGAGAGAGAGAGAGAGGUAGAGAGACACAGAGAGACAGAGAGACGUCUUCAGUCCGUCAGUCGAGCUGUGGUCAGUCUGUCCAGAGUCCUGAGCAGCUGCAGUCGUUCUAUGUGUGUGUCCUCGGACAGCGUCCUCAGUCUGGACCUGUCCUCCCUGCUGUCUGUCCUGUCUCAGACAGAGAGCGCCCUCCAGGGGAGACACCAGGAACUGCAGGGGGCGGAGCUCUCUCUGCGGCGGCUCAGUGAGGAAAACGCAACCCUGCACCUCCGACUGAAACAGCUGGAAGACGACAACCAGCAGCUACAGACACACACAAAACACACUCAGCUGGAGCUCACACACACUCUGGAAACACUGAGCAGGGAGCGCGAGACGUUGUCUUCACUGCGUCUGCAGGUGGAGGAGGUGCAGAUGAGGGAGGAGGAGGUGAGGAGGGAGAACAACAGACUGAGGAGUGAGAGAGACAGACAGGAGGAGAGGAACAGACGCCUGGAGACAGAAACACACAGACGAGUUGGGACGGAGUUGUUGGAGAACGUUCAGCUGACAGAGAGAGACUCUCUUCAGCGGAUGGAGAUUCACACUCUGAAGGGGGCGCUGGAGAGAGAGCAGUUGGACAGACAGAGAGCAGAAGACGAGGCUGCAGACGCCAGAGACGCUCUGCAGAAGUCCAGGGAGUGUGUUGUGCGUCUGUCGUCCCUCGAGUGUGCGUUGAAGAGGGAGGUGGACGAGGGACGUGACUCCGUGGACAAGAUGGCCACCCUGAACUCAGCCUUGGCAUCAGACAAGCGAGAUCUGAUCAAACAGCUGCUGCAGCUGGAGUGUGAGCGGUCAGACAGCCAAUCACAGCUGCACACUCUGAGGUCAGAGGUCAGCUCUCUGCACAAAGAGGUCAAGACCCUCAACAGCGACUGCAGCCAACUUAGAGCUCACAAGGAGGGGGAGGCCGACAUAGUUCAUCAGCUGAGAGAAAGAGGGUCAGAGAUGGAGAGAAUAAUGGAGGAGAAGGAGAGAGAGUUGGCCUCCCUGAUGGAGGAGAGAGAGAAGGAUGGACGUCAGCAGGAGGAGAUGUCCUCUCGGUGUUCAUCGGUGUGUGCGGAGCUGAAGGAGGCGCAGGAGCAGCUGCAGCGGACGAGAGAGGAGGAGAGGAAGAGAGAGCAGGAGGAACAGGAGAGAGAGAGCAGGAGGCAGCAGGAGGACAAGGUGCUGAUGGAGCUCAGGUCUCUGUCGGUGUCUCUCUAUCAGCAGCUCGCUCAGCAGCAGAAGCAGCUGUCGCAGUCAGAGGUCGACAGAUGUCAGCUGAUCACACACGUUCAGACUGUGCAGGACGUCAAACACACACUGCAGGGAGAGGUGGCGUGUCUGAGAGAGGAGCUGGAGGAAAUGACAGCCAGGAGAGAAAGGUGCGAGGAGGAGAGUGAGGCGCUGAAAGAGAAGAUGGAGCGACUGACAGAGGAGGUGGAGGAGCUGAGGAGAACAAGGAGGGAAGAGAAGGAAGAGGGAAAGAAGGAGAGGGCGGCCUGGCAAAGAGAAAGGGAAGGUCUGAAUGAGGAGUUGGGGACGAGGGAUGGAGAGGUGGAGGCCCUGAGGAGGCGCAAAGAGGGAUUGACUGAGGAAAAGGAGGAGAGACAGAGGGAGGUGGAGAGACUGACGGGGGAGGUGACGGAGAGGGAUAUGCAAAUCAGCCAGAUGAUGGAGAGAAUACAGCGAGCAGAGAGAGAGAGGGAGAACCUGGAGGAGGAGGUGAAGAAGACAGAGCUGAGUUUGAGAGAGGAGGAGGUGAAGAGGGAGGAGAGGAGGAGAGAGAUCGAGGCACUCUGUGACCGGAUGGAGAGAUUAGAGAGAGAGAAGGAGGAGAGAGAGGGGGAGGUGGAGAGAUGGAGGAUGAGAGUGGAGGAAGUGGAGGAGGUUGAGCGACUGAGGGGCAGAGUGGAGGAGGUGAAGAGGGACAGAGAGGAGGAGAGGAAAAAGAACGAGAGAUUGAAAGAGGAGAAGGAGGAAGCUGUAGGAGGACUGUCGAAGAGGCUGAAGGAGAAGGUGGGGGAGAUGGAGCUUCUGAGGGUGACGCUGAACGUGGCAAAGGAGGAGUGUGAGGAGGUGAAGGAGGAGGUGCAGCGGAGGGAGCGCAGCCUGGAGCGACAGAUGAACGCCGUGAGAGAGAGGGAGGAGGAAGUGGAGGAGCUGAAAGAGCGACUGAGGCUGUUGGAGGAGCGGGAGGAGGAGGGAGCGAGGGAGCAAGAGGAGGUGAAGGAGAAACUGAAGCUGAUGCAGGAGAGAGAGGAGCAGCUGGAGAUGCUGCUGAGAGAAACACAAGAUAUUCUGGAGGAGGAGAGAAGGGAGGGAGGAGAAAAAGACGACAGGAUCUCCCUCUUGGUCAAAGAGCUGCAGGAGGCUCAGGCCGAGACCGAUGGAGUGAGGAGGAGAGUGAGAGAGGGCGAGGAGGUAAACGACAGGCUAGAGGAGGAGGUGAAGGAGUGGAGCAAGAAGGUCGAGCUGAGUACGAGGGAGUCAACAAAGAUCAGUUGUCUUCUGAAAGAACGAGAGGAGGAGGUGCAGCAGCUGAGAGAGGAGAGGGAGGAGGAGAAGAAAGAAAAAGAGGAGGAGAGGAGAGAGAGAGAGGAAAGGAGAAGGAGGAUGGACAUCGAGCUGAUGGAGUUGGAUAAGGAGAAGAGGAGACUAGAGGAGAAAUUGAGGGAGGUGGAAGAGGAACAGGAGGAAGAAAGGGAGGAGAAGAGGAGGACGAGGGAGGAGAAAAGGAGGCUGGAGGAGAAAGUGAGGGAGGUAGAGGAGGAGCGGGAGGAAGAGAGGGAGGAGAAGAGGAGGAUGGAGAACAGACUGAGGGUGAUGCAGGAGGGGAGAGAGGUCGAGGAGAAGGAGCUGCAGAGGGUGAAGGAGGAGAAAAGGAGGUUUGAGGAUAAACUGAAAGAGAGGUUGAAAGAAAUGGAGGGACAGAGGGAGGUGCUGAGAAGUAAAGAGGAGGAGAAAAGAAAGCUAGAAGAUGAAGUGAGGAAGACCAAAGAGGAGCGAGGGAGUUUAGUGGAGAAAGAGAGAGAUAAGCACCUCCUGGUGGAGGAGCAAGGGAGGAUCAGAGUCAGAGAGCUCGAGGAGGAGAAGACAGGGCUGACAGAGGAGCUGAGGAAGAGCGAGAGGGAGGUGACAGCGCUGAGGGAGGAGGUGAAAAGAGAACAAAGAGAGAAGAAAGAUGCACAGGAGGAGGUGACGGUCCUCAAGGAGGAGGUCCAGAGGGAGCAAAAAAGGAGGGAGGAGACCCUUGAGAAGUGGAGGCAGACAGAGGAAAUACAGAAGGAGCUGAGGAGGAGUGAGAGGGAGGUGUCUUUACUGACAGAGGAGGUCCAAGAAGAACAGAGGGGAAAGAAGGAGGUGCAGAAGGAGCUAAUGAGGAGGAGAGAAGAGUUGAAAGCUCUGAGGGAGGAAGUGCAGAGGGAGAGAGAUGGAGCGCAGGAGGAGCUGAGGAGGAGGAGAGAGGAGGUAACAGGGGCACAAAGAGAGAAGGAGGAGAUAGAGGAGAAGCUGAGGAGGACGGAGAGGGAGAUGAUGGCUCUGAGGGAGGAGGUGCAGAGGGAACAAAGAAGGAGUGAGGAAACCAAAGAGAAGCUGAGGCAGAUGGAGGAAGUACAAGAGGAGCUGACGAAGAGAGAGAGGCAGAUGUUUGAGGAGUUACAAAAGGAAGAGAGGGAGAAGAAGGGGGUGCAGAAGGAGCUUAUGCAGAGGAUGGAGGAGAUGACGGCUCUGAGGGAGGAGGUGAAAAGCGAACAAAGAGAGAAGGAGGAGACAGAGAAGAAUCUGCGGAGGACAGAGGAGGAGGUGACGACUCUUGGAGAGGAAGUGCGGAGGAGGGAGGAGGUGCAGGAGGAGCUGAGAGGAGUUCAGCAGAGCCUGGAGGUGAUGACGGACAACCUGAGCUCCCUGCAGAGUCAGGUGUGUGACCUGGAGCGAUCGAAGCAGGAAGUGAAGGAGAAGGAGCAGGAGAGGCAGCAGAUGAAGGAGGGACUGAGGGAGGCGCUGGAGGAGAUGACCAAACUCAAAGGGCUCCUGCAGGAGAGCCACACAGAGGGAGAGCGACUGAGGAGCGCUCUGAAGGACAAGAAGAAGGAGGAGGUGGAGAACCCGAGGACGGUCAUAGAGGAGGUGGAGCAACAGAGGGAGGAGGUUGAAAAGGAAAGAGGACAGCUGGAGGAGCUGAGAGCAAGAACCAAGGCCCUGGAGUGGAGGAGGAGGGAGGUGAUGGAGGAGCUGGAGGAGGCUCUUCAAGCAAAGGAGAAGACAGAGGAGUACAGGAGGGAGGCUGAGGAGUGUUGGAGGAGCAGAGUGGAGGAGAUGGAGGAGGAGAAGCGGGUGAAGCUGAGAGAAAUCCAGACGGUGAAGGAGAGACAGGAUGAGGUGGAGGAGGAGUGGAGGGUCAGGAGGGAGGUGGAGGAGAGCAGGGCUGAGCUAAGCAGGGUCAGAGCCACGGCGGCCAUGUUGGAGGAGGAGAGACAUGGACAGAUGAGGAAGAGGACAGAUGACAAGAAGAGAGGAGGAGCGGAGGAGGAGGAGCAGCAGGUCACGUCUCUGCUGCAGGAGAAGGAGGAGGUGAAGAGGCUGCUGAGGCUUCGAGAAACUGAGGUGUACGCUCUCACUCAGAGGACGGAGGAGCUGGAGAAGGACAGAGAUCGAGUCCGAUUGGCUCUGGAGAGAACUGAGGCAGCUCUGAUUGGCUACAAGGAGAGAACCCACCAACAGGAGCAGAGCUCAGGGGCGGGACCAAACUCAGGAGAGGGUGUUGGGGACAGACUCGUUGUCCUCCAGCGUCUCGUUGCUGAACUGGAACUCGAACAAAAACGACUGAACAAGAAAAACUCGCAUCUGGAAAAUACAAAAGAAAAACUGAAGAGAGAGAGACACACACUGAGAGACACACUGAGACAGGUGGAGGACGAGCGAUCGAGGCUGCGACAGCAGCUGACUGUAAGCAGCAGAUCUCAGGAGUCUACAGACACCACAGAAGAAGAGCGUCUGCGGAGUCGAGUGAUGGAGCUGGAGGAGCAGGUCAGUCAGCUCCAUCUCUCAUUGGCUGUGGAUCAACAGCAGAGGGCGGAGUUUAUCCAGCAGUCGUCCAGAAACAGCGAGUGGCUGCUCUCCCUAAGACACGACCUCGGUGAUUCGCUCGCCAUCGUCACGCACAGUCCAAUCCCAUCAGUCCUGGAGUCUGAGACACAGCGAUUGGACCGCAGCCUGAGGGAGGAGGAGCUGAGGAUGUCGCUCAGCCAAUCAUAACGCCUGAAAAAAUAUAAACUCCAAACUGAAGCUUUUGGCCAAAUGCAGUCAGCUGUUCUGUCACCAUGGAAACAGCUUGAUAUUUGAGAGGAUAUUAAAGUGAUCAUCUGUUUCAUCUGCGUCAUUGGACACGAAGCAGGAAGUAAACUGUCCAACCACAGAUCAACCUCAGUGUCUGACGCAGCGUCAGCAGCCAAUCAGCAGGGUUCUGUAACUGAAACAUGAGGCUCACUGGGUGUAAAUGGGAAACUUCUUUUCAAUUUGUGUCAGUUUUGAUUGUUUUCUAUUUGUAUUUCUAUUCUGUUUACAUUUGUUACGACACACUACAUUUCCCAUGAUCCUCAGCCUGAGCUGCUUCUGGUUCACGUGAAGACGAGAGGUCGGCGCUGAUUGUUGAAAGUUCAAUAAAGAUUUUUUAAACUGAA